AUGUCUCCAUCUGUUCGCGACAGUAACAAAUCAGAGUCCUACUUCCCGCUCGCUGGUCUAGCCAACGACGGAUACUCAAAGGAGCAUGAAGCUACAGCAACCUGCUUCUGCGGCGCAGUCCAACUUGCUUUCCCGACCGAAGAACCCGGCCUCCUCAACUCCUUCAUAUGCAACUGCACCGACUGCCGCAAGAUCACCGCAUCCAUGUUCGCCUCCAACUUCACUGUGCAGGACAAAUAUCUCACGCACAUUCGAGGCCAGUCAAACCUGAAGCAAUUCAGCCAAGACACGACAGUUGCCAGCGGGCAUAAAAUGACGAAUUACUUCUGCCAGACGUGCGGAACGCUGAUGUACCGCGUCGGCACGCAAUUCCCUGGUGCCUCUAUCUUGCGACUGGGCACGGUCGAUGAUUUCAAUCUCGUGGAAACGAAGUUGAGGCCCAGGCAGGAGCAUUUUGUCAAGGAUAGGGCGAGUUGGCUGUCUGAUGUUACCGCAGAGGGGAUUGAGAGGUUUGAGGCGAUGCCUCCUGUCCGAGACACGAGCAAAACGAGCUAG